AACCACACUAUUCCCACAAGCCUCUCUAUUAUCAGCACAAGUCUCUCCAAACCACCACCUUCCAUCUCCCAUCAAAAAAAUGGCAACCUCGGCUGCAAUCUCAGGCACCAUGAUCAGCACAUCCUUCCUCCGAAACCGACCGGUGACGAGCCUCCGGUCGCUUCCUAAUGUGGGUCAGUCUCUGUUUGGAGUCAAGACAGGGCGUGGGGCCAGGAUAACAGCCAUGGCUACAUACAAAGUGAAGCUCAUAACUCCGGAGGGACCACAAGAAUUUGAGUGCCCUGAUGAUGUGUACAUUCUGGACCAUGCCGAGGAGGUCGGAAUUGAUUUGCCGUACUCGUGCAGGGCCGGUUCAUGCUCGUCGUGUGCCGGGAAGGUGGUGGGAGGGAAGGUUGAUCAGUCGGAUGGAAGUUUUCUUGAUGAUGAUCAGAUGGAUGGGGGGUGGGUUCUCACCUGUGUUGCUUAUCCUCAAUCUGAUGUUGUCAUUGAGACACACAAGGAAGAGGAGCUCACUGCUUAGUUUACUUCUUCUCGAUGUACUCUGUGUCUCUCUCAUGAUUGUUAUGCUUUGAGUAAUUUAAUUUUGCCUUGGUUUCUUUUACAUUCCCCUUAAGGGAAAUGAUUGUAAGCUUCAAUAACUUGCUGGUGGUUGCAAACGCAAUACAUUUGCAAUUUAUGUCUAAAUUUUUUGUUUAUUUGAUGAAUGUAUAAUACAAGUUGAUUUUGAUAA